AGUGUGGCGGCGGCGGGGAGGGGAGGGGAGUCGAUAGAAUCUCGUCGAUAACGGAGCUUCUUCACCCUGCCGCCCCUCCCCCCACCCUCUUGGCGGUCUCUCUACUCCCGCCCGCCCCCCAGCUAGGAAUGGGGGUCGGUGGGUGAGUGAGAGGAGCUCUGAAGCGCUUCCAAAGGCGCCGAUGGUUAAACGGGCGCUUGUCAAUGUAGGCGCCUCGUUUCGUUAUUGUCUUCUAAAGCUCUCGUUGGUUGUUUUUUUCUUCCCCUCAGAACAACAACAACAGCAGCAGCCCUCGGAACAUGGGGCACCUUCGCUGAGGGAUAAAGUCCCCCUUUCGGGCGGCGCUGGCGCUGGCUGAGCCUCCCUGCCUCACCCUCAGCACUCCGUGGGGUGGGGGGCAGGCGUGGAGAGGGUGAAAAGUGGGGGGCGGCGGGGGGGCUUUGUGAGGAAAUGGAGGGACCCCCGGAGGAAAUGGAAGGAGCCUCCGGGCGCUCCGCGGAAGAAGCGGACCCGUCUCUCUGCACCGUCAAACACGAGCUGAAGAACGCAAACUUGACUGGUCAUGUAGAGAAGGUGGGCAUUGAGAACUUUGAACUGCUGAAAGUUCUUGGGACAGGAGCUUAUGGGAAGGUGUUUCUAGUCAGGAAGAUAAGUGGUCAUGAUGCUGGCAAGUUAUAUGCCAUGAAGGUUUUGAAAAAAGCAACAAUAAUUCAAAAAGCCAAAACAACUGAACAUACGAAGACUGAACGGCAGGUACUAGAACACAUCCGACAGUCACCAUUUUUGGUGACUUUGCAUUAUGCGUUUCAGACAGAUGCAAAGCUUCAUCUCAUUUUGGAUUACAUAAAUGGAGGAGAACUUUUUACCCAUCUUUCACAGAGAGAGAGAUUUACUGAAGAUGAGGUACGAAUAUACAUUGGAGAGAUUGUGUUAGCACUUGAACACCUGCACAAGUUGGGAAUUAUAUAUCGUGAUAUAAAACUUGAGAAUAUUCUGCUUGAUUCUGAUGGCCAUGUGGUACUGACUGACUUCGGCUUGAGUAAGGAGUUUGUUAGUGAUGAAAAUGAAAGAGCAUAUUCCUUCUGUGGAACUAUAGAAUAUAUGGCUCCAGAUAUUGUCAAAGGAGGGGAGACAGGUCAUGAUAAGGCUGUUGAUUGGUGGAGUCUAGGUGUUCUUAUGUAUGAAUUAUUAACUGGAGCAUCACCUUUUACUGUUGAUGGGGAGAGAAACUCACAAACUGAGAUAUCUAGGAGAAUAUUGAAAAGCGAACCUCCUUAUCCCCAAGAAAUGACUGCUCUAGCCAAAGAUAUAAUUCAAGGUCUUCUGAUGAAAGAUCCCAAGAAAAGACUGGGCUGUGGUUCAGAUGGUGCUGAUGAAAUAAAACAGCAUCCCUUCUUCCAGAAACUGAAUUGGAAUGACUUGGCUGCCAAAAUAGUGCCAGCUCCAUUUAAACCAGUAAUUCGUGAUGAAUUGGAUGUUAGUAACUUUGCAGAGGAGUUUACAGAAAUGGACCCAACAUAUUCUCCAGCAAGCACACCACAAGCUGCAGAUAAGCUUUUCCAGGGAUACUCCUUUGUUGCUCCUUCUAUCUUAUUCAAACGUAAUGCAGCCACUAUGGAUCCUGUUCACUUCCUGACAGCAGUGGACCGACCUGGAAUUACAAGUAUUGCCAGGAGUGCUAUGAUGAAGGACUCUUCGUUUUAUCUUCACUAUGAACUAGACCUGAAAGAAAGACCGCUGGGAGAAGGAAGUUUUUCUAUCUGUCGAAAAUGCUUACACAAGAAAACUAGCCAAGAAUAUGCAGUAAAAAUAAUUAGUAAAAGGCUAGAAGCCAACACUCAGAGAGAAAUAACAGCUUUAAAACUUUGCGAAGGACAUCCCCAUGUCGUGAAGCUGCAUGAAGUUUACCAUGAUCAGCUCCACACUUUUCUAGUAAUGGAACUUUUGAAAGGAGGAGAAUUACUUGAACGUAUCCAGAAAAAGAAGCACUUCAGUGAAACUGAAGCUAGUUAUAUAAUGCGCAGACUUGUUUCAGCGGUGAGCCACAUGCACGAUGUAGGAGUAGUCCACAGAGACUUAAAACCUGAGAAUUUAUUAUUUACAGAUGAAAAUGAUAGUUCAGAAAUAAAAAUAAUUGAUUUUGGAUUUGCCCGCUUAAAGCCACCUGACAAUCAGCCUCUUAAAACGCCGUGUUUUACCCUUCAUUAUGCUGCACCAGAGCUCUUAAAUCAUAAUGGUUAUGAUGAAUCAUGUGAUCUUUGGAGUUUGGGAGUCAUUUUGUAUACAAUGCUCUCAGGACAAGUACCCUUCCAGUCUCAAGAUAAAAAUGUAACAUGCACAAGUGCAUUGGAAAUUAUGAAGAAAAUUAAGAGAGGAGAGUUCUCUUUUGAAGGAGAUGCUUGGAAGAAUGUCUCUCAGGAAGCCAAAGAUUUGAUACAAGGACUUCUUACAGUGGAUCCAAAUAAGAGAAUUAAAAUGACCAGUUUGAGAUACAAUGAAUGGCUUCAAGAUGGUAGCCAACUGUCAUCCAACCCGUUAAUGACUCCAGACAAUUUAGGAUCUUCAGGAGCUGCUGGACACUCUUAUGUCAAAGCAACCUUUAAUGCCUUUAACAAAUAUAAGAGGGAAGGAUUUUGCCUACAGAAUGUUGACAAGGCACCUCUUGCAAAAAGAAGGAAGAUGAAAAAAACAAGUACAAGUACCGAGACUCGAAGCAGUUCCAGUGAAAGUUCUCAUUCUUCUUCUUCUCAUUCGCAUGGCAAAACUACUCCUACAAAGACCCUGCAGCCAGCAAUUCCUGCAGACAGCAAUAAUCCAGAGAGCAUCUUCCAAUUCUCUGACUGAAAAACAGAGAUUUGCUCUGAUGAAGAAUUUGCUGGCAUAUGCAUUCCUUUAAAAAGAGUGUUUAUAUGUGUAUGGAAAAUCCAACUGAUACCCUUUUACUGAUGGAAGGACUUCUGAUCCGGUGGAGGUGUCCACUAAAAUAGGGGAGGCAUUCAUUAACUCUAUUCUGGAGUGUCCCCCAACUCUGGUGCAGAUUCUUGGGGUGGGCACUGGAGACUGAGAUGGGGAACUCAGUAAGAAUUGAAUCUCAUCUCUUCUGUUAGCAAAUGCCUCUGCGGGAUCAAAAAUCCUUCCGUAAGCACAAGAUCACUUGUUGGAUUCUGCCCAUAACUUAAAGGCACACAUUUUAUUUUCUAAUCUUUUGUUUCAGUCCUAGUCUGAAAUAGGACAUUUUAAAAUACUGCUGUGGUUAUAACCAGCAUUGAAGUUGUUGAAGCUAUUAAUGAACCAAACUUGGGGUGGAGUUCAACAUCAUACUAAUAAAACAUUUUCCACCAGCACAAUAAUUUUUGCUUGCCAGACAGAACCAUCUCCCCUCUCUCCCCCCCCCAAUGUGCUGUUCAGGGGGUUCUCCCAACUCUCCACAUUUGUGGGAGGAGCUGGCAGGGCACAUGGGGGGAGGAGAAGGGGGGAAGCCCAAUUGUGCUACUGGGAGUCCCAGAACUGGCUUCUGCUAGCACACUGGGUUAGUUGAAUCCGGCCCUUGUAGUCCUUUGAGGUAACUGGACAUGCAAAAUGGGCUUUCUCAUUGCUAGUUAAGGAAAUAUAGUUUCAUAAGCUCUCAGAACUCCAUUUACUAGCAGUGACUGUCCAGGAUUCAUGCAGGCAUCUUAAUUAAGGCUGGUUUUCUUUGGAAAUUUCUGUAUAUUAGAAAGAUGACAGUAUGAUUUUAAGAGUCUUGAAACAUAAUGGCCAGGAUCAAAAAUAGUGGCUUCCCCAUAUGCAGCAGCUUUUGUCCUUAUGCAGGUUUCCUGCAUAAGGAAAAUCAAGUCACAUCCAAAGAUAAUUUUCAGCAUGUGAAAUGGAUGCACAAAUCCUUGCACAAUACACAGGCAACAUUUUUGCUGUUCAGGGCUUGGCAACUAGUAUGCAGAACUUUGUGAUUACUUCUUCUGUAGAUUUUGGCCAUUUCCUAUUUUCUAUUUUGAACGACUUUUGGGGUUUUUUAAUAGCUUCUAAUACAGUACUUAUAAAAGGAACUUACUGUUUUCUUAGCAUUCAGUGCUAAAAACAUGUCAAGAUUUUCUGAACAAAUAGGUUUAUCUUAUAUAUUUAUGCCUCGUUGCUAAAUAUAAAAAUGAUUUUCUCUUAAUUGCAAAUUCUAUAUUCCUGCUAUCAUGUGUGGGUCCAAAAAUUAAGCAUGCUGCGAUAUAUCUGACAGUGUGCUAUCUAGUUGUAGCAUAAUAUUACAGGUUUUAAUGAUACGUAAUGCUUACGCAUGAUUUGGUACACCUAUAAUUGCAUUUGGUGAGUAGCUGAACAAAGUGAAAAAUGCCUAUUGGAGAUGCUCUAGUAACUUCAGUGAGAAUUAUGAACUUAUUACAUCAUUCUGCUUUGCAAUAUUAAGCUUUUGUUUUCUUGCCAUGAUUUCCAUACCUAUACGCAAUACUCUUCAGAUUUUGCCUCCUCAUGUUGGGGCAUGUUUUGACUUUAAACCAUAUAUGCACUGGGAAAACUAAAGGGAUAUUCUAUCAAACACUGUGCUUCACAUUUGUACACUGUGUUUGUAAUACGGUAAGAUUUCCUACCGUAGCUGUAAUAUAUUUGGAAUCAUAAAUGUGACUUACUGAUGCAUUUAAAAUGGUAACAUUUUUAAUUGUGAAGCAUAAUUUCUCAACAUAUGCAGAGCACUUCUACAGCACCUGUGCUCCAGUCUUGCAAAAAGUUAUUGAGUAGUCCCAUUGUGAAUUCUUUGGGGCAGUUUAUUUGCAUGAUCAGAGAACAUCUGGUCAUUUGUAAAAACACCUUGCUGCAUUGUAAAAUAAACUAGAUCCAAAUCCUAUGCAAAAAUUUUUAUAUAUAUAUAUAUAUAUAUAUGCAGGUUUUGGUGUCC